CAAUGGACUACUUGAGACGGAUCUCAAUCGGUUUAUACAACGGUUCCCUGCGCUUCGGCUGCGUUGUUUUAUUUGUAAUUUGCAACCAAAUCCCUCUUGUCCGGAUGGAGAGACACCGAGAAAGAAAAGGGACUCAUUUCCCCCCAAAAUGCCGUGAGUCUUGAAGUUUAGUGGAUUUUGGUCGUAGAUUCUCUCAUUUGCGUGACCAUUCGCUCACUUUGAAUUUAUACUUGGUAGUCUCACUAUUUUGCCAGUGUUUGUCAAGUGUGGCACAUUAUUAGAUAAAGUAAGCUGACAAUGUGCCAGGGAUCUGAAUCCGUCGGUGAAUCAGAAGUUCUGCGUGCGAUGGUUUUGAAUUAUCCAAGGGAUUCAUAUUGAAUAUAAUUUAUUUGUGAGCUGAAGUCGAGUGCUUAAGCGAGAGAGAGAGAGAGAGAGGGUUCAUCCCAGCUGUGAAUCCAUGGGCUUUUCAUAUUUGUAAAUCAUUUUAAGAUUUUAAUUAUAAACUGACCUAGCACCACCCCCGAGGAAGAAAUCACUAUAUAAUCCUAUAACAUCCCCAUAGAGACUUGUGUGUCUGUGGUACUCAGUGUGAGUACACAGCCACCUUAUCUUAUUUUAGGGUGCUUUUUCAUCUUGUGUUAUAUCUAUAUCUGUAAUACUCCUGUUAUAUCCUCGCUGUUUGAUGUGAUACUUGUAUAACUCCCUUAUCAUAGAAAUACCACAGCUUUUUCCCCUUUAAGGACUUUAUGUCUGCAAUUUUAUUUUAUUUUUUAUUUUAUUUUUUAUUUACAUGGGUUCGUAGCUGAGUCCAUACAUUCUGUUAUCUUCCAUGCCCGUACUAUGGUCGCUCAUAAGCUCAGUGGACCUCAGUCUCUGUAAACUUGUCGGGGACCGGUGGGCAUGGGAGAAGCGACUCCCGCUCAGUCCGCCGCGGGGGGAUUUGUACCCAUGUUGGGUGUCGGCAUAGGAUCCAUGCCCGGUGGGGUCGGAAACGGCCCGGUGGCCACCUCCAGAGGCUCCGCUAUGCCACAGUUGCACAGCGCCAUCGUUGAGCGUUUGCGUGCCCGCAUAGAGCUGUGCAGGAGGCACCACUCCACCUGUGAGAACCGCUACCAGAGGGGCCAGGCCGAGAGCUCGGACCGGGAGCACGAGAGCACGCUGCACCUCCUCAACAUAGUCCACCAAGGACCGGGAAACCGGAAGGCCAAGGGCAGCCGGGCGUCGAACCAGCAACCUCCAGAGUACAGCAGGGCCAAUGGAGAGCAGAAACCGCAGGUGACAGAGGGAGAGCAGAAGAUUUCCACACGGAUAGCUCUCCAAGGAUCUCUGCGAAGGAAGAUUGAAGGACAUGCACCAGGACAUGCCCCAAAGCAGAAUGGCCUUUCCUGUGGCCUCUCCGGAUCAGACUUCAAGCGGGUCCGUGUGGACACCAGCGGCCUGGGACACAGGCCUUGCAAUCACAACUUGACCCAGUCUCAGUCACUGCAAGGGUCCUCAGGCAUGGGCAUGCAGAGGAAGAAUUACAUGAUGCCCCAUGGAGUGGGUACUGAUAUAUUCAACAUGACUCUGAAAGAGAUGAAGAAAGAGCCCACUGAGGUGCAGUCGUGUGGACACUCAAACUCAGAGAUGAUGUUUGACUUCAAAGAUGAAGGUAGCGGUCAGAUUGACCCGGAGCUCCAGGAUCUGUUUGAUGAGCUAACAAAGACUGUGCCCUCGCUCAAUGACCUGGAGUUUGAGAAGAUGCUGAAGCAGGAUGACGCAUUUGGUUUGGAUCUAGGUCGGCCUAGCUCAGCAGGUGCAGCCGCCCGCCUGUGUUCCCCAAUGGACAAGCCAAUAAAGACUGAGUUCUCCCCAGAUUUCAGCCAGACUCACGGCAGCUCACCACAGCUGCGACCGGCCUCAGCGGGACCCUCUUUUACCUUGACUAGCACCUCUCUGGCCACCUCCCCCACCACUGCAGCACAGAAAGCUAACACUCAGGUGGGACACCCCAGGGGCAUGCCCUGCUGGCCCGAAGUGUCCCACGCAGAGCAGCUGAAGCAGAUGGCAGCCAACCAGCAGCAGCCAAGCUCUCUGCUCCAUCAUCACCACCAAACAUCACCUGGAGGAUUAAGCAGCUGGGCUCCUGCCAUGAGCACCCACUCCUCCACCAGCUCCUUCACCCAGGACAAGGUGUCAAGCCCGGCCCUGCUGAGCCAGCAGAGGCUCGGUUCCCAGAGCAAAGGUGUCAACAACUGCCUCUUCAAGGCGACCGGGCACAAUGGCUCCACUCAUCUGGACAUGAAGGUCCUCAGCACCAAGCCCACACUGCACUUCAGCCCUAAAGCCCCCCAGUCUGCCAGUCAGCCGAUGCCUAUCAUGGCAAGUUCACUGAACAAGACUUCAGCCCAGCAGCAGCAGCAGUCAUCGUCAGUGGGCCAAAAUCAGCCACAUUCAGCUCUCCACUUCCAGAACCAGCAGAUCCCCGUGUCUGGGCCACUUUGCCUGCAGCCCAAGCCUCUUCCUCAGCAUGGGGCAGGGCUGCCCUUCAAGCUGUCUCAACAGCGGCAGGGUAUUCCUCCUGGUCCACGGCUCCCCAACGAUGGCAGCAUUGGAGGCAUGUCUGUCCAGUCACAGCCACGGCCGCCAGCACCCAACAGCCAGCAGAAAGGCACAGCCAAAACUCAGGCCAUGCAGAGACAGCUUAACCAAUCACAGCACGCCAUCAGCGAUUCAGACAAAGACAAUACACAAGAUCAGUUCAGUCGUCAUCUCACCAGGCCGCCACCUGAUUAUAAGCAGUCACGUACUAUUGUGGGAGUUCAACAAGGAAACCUCUUUACAGGUAUAAAUUCCUCACAGUCUCUGAGUAAUGGUCCUGAGAAUGACCUGAAGCCCAUGUCUUGUCACCUCCCCAAUGGUUCAAAGAUGAGUCCUUCAUCAACGGACCGGAGAUUUAGUGUCGGAACUGACUGUCAUCCGGGUUCCUGCAUCGGCCAGUUCCAGCAACACAACAAUCAAAACAGAAUAGGACUAAAUCAGAAUAAAUCUAGGUUCCAGGGGCCGAACCCACAAGGAAACUCUUUUGGUAUGAACAGUGUAGCCAGUGUGCAACAUCCAAGAACGACAGUGGACCUGCAGGCCUCAGGAGUGCCUGGACAGGGUCUUGGAGGCUUGAUGACAAAUGUCAACAUGGGUUGGGCCUCAGGCAACAAGCAAGUGGCAACUGGGCUUGGAAUUAGGAGGCCACCAAACCCGCUGCAGUCUCAGGGUGCACCGCUGGAAGUGACAAACCUUCCCUAUCAACAGAGGCACAUUGGCCCUCCCAACCAGGUAGCACCAGACAUUGGGAUGCUCCCUCUGAACCCUGCAGUAAGGGGCACCGUCCCCAGACCCAACCAGCCAAUGCUGGCCUCUCCAUCAACAGUGGGCAACUUAAACCAAGCCUCCCCUGAACAGAGGGUACCUGCAGGCAACUUCGCAGCACCCAGCCCCAGUUCUAGCAGCUACCAGAGUAACCGGGCCAACCACCUCACCUUCGAUUUCCUCCCAGAAGGAGACAACACGGUUCCAGGGAUCAACACAGACUCUGACUUCAUAGACUCUCUGCUCAAAUCCGGUUCUGGGAAUGAUGACUGGAUGAAAGAUAUCAAUUUGGAUGAGAUUCUUGGUGGUCACUCUUGAGUUGGGUUCACAGAUUGGUAACGGCGAAAAACUGACCCACGUGGUUAUUUGGUGUAAGGGGUUACAUUUGUAAAUGAUGUUAAAAUGGUAUUUUAUAAACAUAUUAUUUGUUAUCCAAGUAUACUGUAUUUUAUGUGUAUUUUCUGUGAAAAGAUUUUGUGUUCUGUCCUUAGUACUAAGUUUAUUUUAUUCCAGGUAUGUUGACCAAGAAAUUUCUUUUAUUUGCAGUGACAAUUUUUGUGGUCUAUUUGUCAUGCUCAUAUUGUAGUGCCGCUGUAUAGGAUACAAUACCAAAAUCACGCUGUGAAAAGAAAACAUUGCUGUAUUGUUUCAAAACUCAUCUUGGUAUUUCAAGUUAAGUUUCAAAAUCUGUAUCCACUACUCAGCAUGAUAUGGUAUUUACCUUCAGAUUUUUGUUUUAUCUACCAUAUACACUAUAUCUUGCCACAAACAAAUGUUUUCCUACUUAUUCUUCAAGCUUUUCAUCUGUGGUAGUUUUUGAUGCAAUUGAAAUAGUGUAACCAUUUAAUUUUUUCAUGUAAUAUUUAAUAAUUAUUGGGAUAGUAAUGAGACAUUAUAAUUCAUGUAAUUAAUAAAAUUGAUUUGAACAAAUA